AUGGAGGAGGACAACGAGCAUCACAUUAGCAAGACAUUCUACAAAUGGCAAUUCUCAACAACACUUCUGUGGUGGGUUACUAUUCGAUUAGCGACGGGAAAGAACCUGUACGACAUUACCAACGGUAGCGUUUGUACAAGACCCAGUUGGAUUCCUAUCCAGUAUCUGCAUUACUUGCAGCGACCUUCCAGGCGGAGAGCCAUUUUCCUACUGUCUCUUUUUGCCCUUGCAAUUGGUGGUUGGGGUUCAUCAUCAUCAUUUGUGGUCCGACUGAUAGUGGCAAUCAUCUUCUCGCUUUAUCAUUUGGUGGAAUCUUCCGUGACACAUCGACAUGGAGAAUACCCUCUCCUCUACAAUGUUUGGGCCAUGUGUCUGUGUUCCUCCAGCGAGUAUGCCAGCGCCGUGUCCUUUGGAAUUGCCGUUCAUUUCAUUCUCUCCACUGGAUUGGCCAAGAUUGUGGUGGGAGGUCAGCAGUGGAUGCUACCGUCGACGAUGCGAUUUUAUUUAUCGGCAUAUUAUGGGGCCAAGAUGAAACUCAGUCGUCCAUUUCUACCAUCCUGGAAUCGAUGGACUUGUCAGCGCAGUUGGGCCACCAGUGGGAUUGCCGUGGCCACCAUUCUCUUUGAAUGUGUCGUGGUGCCACUGACACUCUUCCUGCCAAUCAACACGCGCCAUAUUGGUUGCACGGGAAUGAUCCUCAUGCACAUUGGCAUCUUCCUCCUCAUGUCCAAACAAGUUGGCAUUGUGUUUAUUACGACAAUCUCCACCUACAUUGUUGGUUUUCAAUGCUCUGCUCUGAUUGGCACAGGACCCUGGUGGUCUGCCGUGCUAGUGUCGUUUCUGCCCAAUCUCAUUUGUUUGGGACCCUUUGCCACCAUGAUUCCCGAGAAUUGGCCCUUGUCGGCCGUAUCCUUGUUCAUGUGGAAUGGUGGACAAGCCAAACUAUUGGCCGAAACAUUAAUGACGGGAGAAACCCGAGUCGUUCUGGCCACAGCGGAAAAAUCCACUCCACAAUCCAUUGUGGGGCUUCCAGUGAUUCACCAUGGUGCAGUGGCUCCCCGCAGCGGCGGUACUGUCGGAAUACAUGGCACACCGAGAGGUGCCGACAGGGCAGUCCAUGACUCUGUACUUCGUGUCAUUGGAUUCACCCUACUACAAGAGAACUUGUUGCCCGUAGUGCCACGAGCCACAGCAUCUAUUGUGGAGGAUCCAUGGGACAUGCAAAAGUUCUUGGUGGCGCUACAAACAUUUCUUCAGACCAAGCAACGCUUGUUUGAAACACAAAGUGGUCUUCCGCUUCAAAGGGCAUACUACGUACAGAUUGGUGCCAAUGGCAAUGUGGAAGAGGUGCUAUUAAGUGCAUAG